AUGUUUGAGCAAUAUGAUUCACAUGGAGACUCAAAAUGGGGGGAUUCACAGCGUUAUUGUGGAGAGGGGUGCUCCAGAAAUAAUCCAUUUGUUUUUUUUGCAGACGAUUGCCUCUUAUUCUGCAAGGCUAAUUCUCUUGAAGCAAACACUAUGAAGACUAUUCUUGAAGAGUUUUCUCAUGCUUCACAGCAGCAUAUUAACUUCAACAAAUCUUCCCUUCUUUUUAGCAAAAAUGUGGAUUCUCUGUCUAGGAAAGUGGUCAGUGAAAUUAUGGGCAUUUCUGUAGGACACUAUUCUGGAAAAUACCUGGGACUUCCUUCUUUGAUGGGGAGGGGGAAGAAUCAAAUUCUGGGUUUUAUAAAACAAAAGAUCUUGGGCCGUAUAAAGAGCUGGAAUAGUAAUUUCCUUUCAAAACCUGGCAUGGAAGUAAUGAUCAAUAAUGUCUUACAUGCAAUCCCAACCUUUGCUAUGAGUAUAUUUCUUCUUCCUGUGGGGCUAUGCAAAAGUAUAGAAGCAGCCAUGAAUAAAUUUUGGUGGAAAGGAGAGAUAGAGAAUGGUAGAGGCAUAAUUUGGAAGAGGUGGCAAGAUCUGUGCAAACCGAAGGUUUUUGGAGGAAUGGGAUUUAGCAGGAUUAGAGAGUUCAACACUACUCUGCUCGGCAAACAGGCUUGGCGUUUCAUCCAUUACCCGGAGUCCCUGGUUUCUAGAGUUUUCAAGGCUCCAAUGAAGAGUUGUUACAAAGCUCUUAAUAAUGCACUGCCAGUUGAGGAUUCUAUGAAGUGGACUGCAACCUAG